AUGGCUUCUGCGGAUAUACAAUGGGGUACAUUGAUCAAUCCAGACAAGAGCCCAGCCCCACUGCUUGAGCAGCUAUGCCUAGGGAUCGCGCAGUUGAUGUCCUCCUUUGACACCAACGGCACCACUGAUAUCACCCCCGAGCGACUCGCUACCUUUUACCGCAAAGUCGGCGGCAACUACGACCCUUUAUUCCUUGAGACCAAGGGACAAGCCCUGUCAUUUAUCUACCAGUCACUAGGAUGUUUCCACAGCCUCCAGCCCUCAGCAAACCCAUACGAACCCCCAUCGAUUCCGUCCUUACUUCCGAAUGGCUUCGUGCGGUGGCAGACAAUACAACUAUUGAUGGACCCAGAUGAACACUCGGUGUAUCUGCAAAAUGCGGUCAACCUUUGGGAUAUUGCAGACUUAAAUGGCGAGAUCUUUCCAAAGACGAUUCCUCGCGACGCAUUUCCUUCCGAGCCCGACCCAGAGAUGCUGGAGUGGCAUGAAGGCGUGAGUCGGCGAUUGGAGCGGGACUAUUUAAAAAGACACACGAAGCGUGCUUCGCCACCAGACUUUGAGACAUAUCAUUAUCAUUUUAGUGGUAAGGAUCCUCUACCCGACGAAGAUGAUUACUUCUCCCGUCCACACCGGGCGGCGUCAAAGCGUCACAGUCAUGUGGAGCCCGAUCAGCCCAGCGACCAUCGCCAUCACCGCCGAAAUUACAGCGGGGAAUAUCCCGCAUUUUCUGCACGCAGACCUGGGACGAAUCGACCGGGCUUUUCAACCCCGAGGGUUUCAUCCCCUCCCCCAUGGGGAGAGCGUCCAGCGCGUUCAAGUGGACGAGACCAAGGUGGCCGGCAUGGCCAUCCACUAAGCCCAGGGACAGGUGAGGUUCCAGAUGUCUCUGAUGUGUCUUCAGAUGAGCUUUCACGUCGCCGCAAGGACCGUGCAAAGCCCAAUAAGCACCAAGAGCGGCGUCAUCUAUCACCACCUUCCAACAGUAGUGCCAGACGACACUCACACGAAGCCUACACCCGCAGACCAUUCCGAGAUCUGUCGCCCACAAGUCCUUCCCGGCAGCGCCGCGGGCACGAAAGCCACCCUUCGCGAUCUAGCAAAUCCAGCUCUGAGCCUUCGCCAAAGGUUCACCCGAGAGACUACUCGAGGGAUCAUCCGAGAGAUAGGGAUCCAAGAGACAGGGACCCGAGAGAUUACCCAAGGGAGAAUCCAAAAGACCGUUCUCGAUCACGUACAGCAGGUGUCAAAUUCCAUGAAUUUAUAUUUGGCGACCCGGCCCCUGCUGCUCCAGAACCACCUUUCUAUAGGCCACCAACCCCUCCACCACCAAGAGCGGUGCCGAGACAUCUAGGUACUUACGCCGCAGAUGACAUGAGAAGAGGAAGCUACAGUGGUGGCAGUACAGGUAAUAGCCGACCCAGUAGCGGAGGAAGUGGAUCUGAGCGGCCGCGAUCAUACAGCAGUGCCGGAUUCCAUCCCCGCACAACUGGAUGGUCGAGCCCUCGCAACUCUACUUCAAAGCGAUAUACUCCGGCAACUGUGCCUGAGGAUUAUGGGUACAUUCCCUCGCGGAGGGUCCCGAUUUACGAAUAA